AUGGCUGAGCAGGCGCCUCAGGCGCCGCAGGCGACCAAGACCAAGUCAGCCAUCCCAGAUGUGGACGACGUGUGCGACGGCUUGACUUUCCAAGAUGAUCUUUCGGAUGAGGUGGUUUCUCAGGAGGGUGGUGCGGCUGACGCUGCCGAUGAUGAGGAGGCUUCUGAUGAUGUCAGCCAGGCGGAGGAUGAACCGGCCAAGGAUGACUCCUUGUGUGCCUGUUGCCAAGACGAACCUAGGGUACCGCGGAGCAUCUACGGUGCUGAGUGCAAGAAAGCCCUCAACAACACGGAGAAGCAGGAGGCCGCCAAGACCGGGAAGAAGGGUGAGCGCUGGGCAAAAUGGGCCGAGAUCAAGCGUGCUGGCGGGGCUGAGCUGUUUUCGAUCCUCAUGGCUUACCGUGAGAAGUGCGACAAAUCGAGUGGCCCGGGCAAGGCCAGAGGCAGCUUCGACUUCAUGUUGCAUUAUGAGGAGAUGCAGUCUGUUGCUAAGGUGGAGAGUGGAGAGAAGCUUGUGUACAUGACGUACACUAAGUGGCUGAAGGUCGCCCAGGAGGAUCACGCCCAUGACGUUAAGGAGGCCAAGAGAAAAUGGCUGCAGAAGAAGGCCAAGGUCCCCAAGCACAAGCAGAAGAAGAACAACGGCGUGCUCCUGCUUCCCCAGUACUUUGUUCUGGGCUCCAACGCGCAGAAGCACGUGAAGGGCCUCCGCUUCGAGGGGACAAAGGCCAAGAAGCCCAAAGGCAAGGACAUUGAGGCCGCCGAGAAGCAUGCCACCAGUGGCCAUUUGGGCUUCUCCGACAAAUCCUUUGCCAAGGUGGGCGGCGGUGACUUGGUUGACAAUGCUCAGGGUGGCUCGCUGAUGUUCGCUCCGGACGGCGACUCCAUCUUUGGCGAGGGCAAGAACUUCCGCAACAGCAUUCCA